CGCCAACACCACCACCACCGCCGCCGCCGUCGCCGCCACCGCCGCCGCAUCCUCCUCCUCCUCCGCCCAUGGUCAAUGCGGGUCCGGUUGAGUAGGCAGUGAGCAAGCAUGUCGGAGGGCAAAGGAAUCAUCUCGCUGCGGCGCAAAAAGACGACGGCCACACGUCCCACCAUCUCGGGGCCCAUCGCACACCAAGCUAAACCUCCGGCGCAAAGGACCAACUCGGCGUGGAGCGCGAAAAGCGAUGCCCCGUCCCGCGAGCGCCCCAAGGGCGACACGAGCGACUUGGUCAAGCGGCGCUACAGCACGCGCUUCACCACCGGACAUCCGCACGAUGGGCCUGCUCCGCCCAUGCCCGCCAUGCCCGCCCUGCCCGAAAUGUCCAACAUGCUCGCCCAGUAUCGACUGGACGCUGCCAGUCGGCCGAGUACAUCGCGCCCCCCGCCGCUCAGUCGAUCAACGACCCAAGGCACCCAUGUCCCGCCGAGUGGGAGAAGCAGUCCCGACAAGGGUGCGGAGUGGGGCCGCGGCAGACUGAAGAUCGAUCUGCGUGCCCUGAAAGAUGCCAACCUGCACGCCGAACAGUACGUGCAGUCCAUCCUGUCUGAGGCCACCGAGCAGGACAUCGAGGCCUACCAGCGGGACUUGCAAGCCGUCAAGGCACAUACCAACGCCGAUCUUCAACACAAUGUCUACCAAAAUCGCACCCAGUUCAUCAAGAUUUCCAAGGAGGCCGACAAGCUGAAGACGGAAAUGCGCACCCUGCGCACCCUCAUGAGCGACUUGACCGCUGCCCUGGGACAUGCAGCCAGCGCGGGUGGUGCCGAUCUGAACAACACCGCCAGCACUCUGAGCAUGGCCGACAGGAAGCGCGCGAAUAGGAGCAGCGUUGCCAACCUGGAGGCCAUGUGGAGCACGCACUUGCAGACCUUGUGGAAGCGAGUGGAGGGCAGUCAGAAGUAUCUGCCCGCCCUUCCCGGCCGACACAUCAUCAUGGAGAGUCAGCGAUGGCUGGAGCUGAAUGCCGCCACCUGGAAACCUCGCAGACGUGUGGCCAUCGUCCUCCUCAACGAUCACUUGUUAGUGGCCUCGGAAAAGAAGCGGCCUGCUGAAGCUACGCCACAAAAGGGCAACCGCCAGAGUAUGUACUUUGGGUCUCAAGCCCAGGCCAGUGGUGGCGGAGUAACGACGCUCGUGGCAGACCGCUGCUGGCCUCUCCACGAUGUCAGUCUGGCAGAUAUCUCGACGCGCUCAUCCACCUCCAUCGGUCAUUCCAAUAGCAAAGAGAACAGAGCCAUAGCGAACGCCAUCAAUGUCCGUGCCGGGAAUGCAAGCUUCACAUACGCCACAUCUGACAACACUGACAAGCUUGGCCUGAUUGUAGCGUUCCGCAAGGCACAGGAAGACCAACGGAAACUCCUCGCGGCAGAACAUAGCAAGCGCGAAAAAAACUUGGAUGCUGUAUCAUACAUGUCCGGACGAGAGAAUCGCUCCCUGAGGAAAGCCGCUGCAGAUGCUGCCCUUCAGGACUCGAAAAACGCGGCUUCUGAUCACAACUCGUCUUUUGGUGGCUUAUCACGCAGAGGCUCUGUUCUGGUGGACUCUGAUGGACGGCCUCAAUCCAUUCGCUGGGUGGAAUCGCAAAUUGACGGACUCGAUAUCGACAUUGCAUUACAACACUUCGAAGAUGCGGUUACGAGGGUGGAGACAUUGAGGAAUAUGGCAAGAGGAAUCAAAGGAAACCAGACGGCGCAAGAGAUUAUCCAAGCAAAAGUUAAUCAACGUGCUUCGAAACUUGCCAGCGUCAUCGCGAGACAGCUGGGGUAUGAAAGUGGCGGACAAGAGUCCACACAACGUGCUGUGUCGUGGUUACUUCGCCUCGGCUUCGAAGAGUUGGCUCGAACAACAUAUCUAGAUUCUCGCACCAAGACGAUACGUACCCGGACACGAUCGCUGCCCUUCACGGGAGUGUUGGAGCCCUUUGUCAAAGCCCUGGCCUUCACCACAUUCAUGUUAUUACUACACUCUUUCCGGACGUUUGAGGUCUCGUUCCCGGCCGCGAGUGGGAGUGCCGUUGUGAAGUGGGCCAAGGAGAGGGUUGAUGAGUUUAGUGCUGCAUUGCAGAGGCACAUGAGCAGUGCGGAGAAGGGUGGAGAAGUGUGGAGAAACUGCGUGGAUAUCGUGAGAGAGCAAGCGGAGAUAUUGCAGGAAGUGGGAGUGGAUUUCACCGGAUUGGUGGAGAGGGGAUUCGACGACAAGAGAAGAAAUGUUGAUACUGUGAAUGGGAGUGAAGACAGCCAGGGCGCAUGAGGCGGCUAUCACUGCUCCUCUCAGGACCGUGAAUGUGCGAUGACGGUACGGCUGGGAUAUGGUUCUCAGCCGGAAGGACACAUGAUUCUGUACAGUCUGUAUUGAACAAUGACAGGGAGUCGUCUUCGAGGGAGCCGAUGAUGCUUGCAGCGUUAUAGCGCCAGCGAUUUGUUUGAUUCUUGCGAGGCCAGUUGGGCAUUGUGCGAGAAAAAAGGCCUUGGUAGCAACUCGAGUUGUUUGGAACGUCUCCGCCGCAAAGCUCAAAAAAAAAGAGGAAGAAGAAGAAAGAGGCUCUCGUCAGUGAGGUUGUGCAGCAUGUGUAUUUACAACAACGCUUUUCUUGUCGGCGAGAGCUAUCCCAUUCACAGUGGCGAAACUCACCACCACCUCCAAGAUUAAUUACUACUAGGUGCAACAACAACAAGAACAACAACAACAACAACUGCUACUACUUCUUAUUCUUCAAAAUCUCAUCAAAGUUGAGGACGGCCUUUCCCAACACCAGCGCACUCUCCGCACAAUCCUCCUUGCUCGUCCACUCCUUGGCAUUGUGACUGACACCAUCCUUACCUCGGGCAAAGACCAUGGCCGUCGGACAUUUCAAUCGUGUCAUGGUGGAGUCGUGGGCCGUCUCGGUACAGGCGCCGAUGCCCUUGUCGCCACAGGCACGCUUCACACAAUCGACAGCUUCCGGCCAGAACUGCCCCGGCUCCAAGUGGACCAACAGCUCGGAAGAAAAGCCCAGACCUGCAGCCUGCGCAAUCGCUUUACCACGGGCCGUGAUGUCGGCUCCCAUGGAGCCCAAGACUUUCGCAUCGUAGUUCAUGAGGCAGAAGACGAGUUUGGUCCAGGAUUGAAUGUUGCAGCACCCAAUGGGUCCGCUUUGGAUGUUGGUCAUGGUCGUGUAUCCACUUCCGUGAGCCUUGGGAAGACUCUCUAGCUCCACGAUGAGUUUGCUCGCACCCACCAGGCUGUCUUUGCGACGCUCCAUCGGGUAGGUGUUGGCGUGGCCGUCCUCUCCCGUAAAUACCAUUUCGUAGUAAUCGAUGCCUUGCCAGCCUUCGACCCACCCGACUGGCUUGUUGGCCUUUUCGAGCACCGUCUGUUGUUCGCAAUGAAUCUCAAAGUGACCCGAGAUGGGGAACUCUUCAAAGGUGUUGGGUCCGUCGCCGACAUAUCCAAUGGCUUGGAGCGCUGCACCUAGCGUCUCGCCGCUCCCAUCGUUGGCUUUGCUGGCAUAGGCUGCCUCCAGCGUGCUCUGGCCUGCAUAUACCACUGAAGAGCCCAAGAACGGGAAAAACUUUGCUCCUUCCUCGUUGGUCCAGUUGAUCAAGGCAAUGGGGGCGUGUGUCUUGAUGCCUUGUUCCUGCAUGGAUCGGAGGACUUCGAUACCACCAAUAACGCCCAGCGGCCCGUCAAAGCGACCGCCCGUGGCAACCGAGUCCAGAUGAGAGCCCAUAGCAAUGGGAGGGAGAGAGUUAUUUUCGCCUUCGAAGGUGGCGAAUUGCGAACCUGUCCCAUUCACCGCAUACGUCUUGGCACCGAGAGCCUUGACUGUAUCUUUGAACCAGUCUCGAGCAUACUUGUCGUAGAUGGUGCCGGACAGUCGAGACAGUCCUCCCGCUUCGGUGGUUGCAUUGGGUUCACUCCAUUUGGCAGUCAUGUGAAUAUCAUCCCACAAACGAUCGGCAUUGAUCUUGAGUUUCUUCGCAGCGGGUGCAUUGAGAUCCGCAUAAGUCCUUCUCGCAUGCACCAGCCGUGGUGCAAGCCUCAGUCUCGUGGCUUGUCUGCAGAACAACAUGUUGAAGGUGGUGGUUCGGGAUGUAUAAUAAGGAUGAUGAUGGAUGUGAUAAAAACGACGACGGUCGC